CACCAAGACCCUCCAGUCCUGCGGCAGAUUCGACUUUCAUCAGCGUGAAGAGGAAGCCGAGCACGGAAGAACCCAGCAGCCCUCUCGAGGCAACGAGUCCUGGUUCCAUCCUGCGCAACAACAACGCGAUGGAUCACGUGAAAAGCCAUGGGACCUCGGAUCCACUGAAAAUCGGCGGAAAAGACCGCGCUUGCGUUACACGAAAAAAGCUCACCCCGUAGAGCCUCGCUCCGCGGACAACAGAGAAAUCCAUACGUAACGCGAGCUCAGAAGGAGAGAGAGAGAAAGAAAGCGAGGAAAAAGAAAACCGAAGAAGAGAGAGAGAGAGAGAGACGACGACUGAUCGCGAUCACGAAUGAAAAAUAUAAUGGGUUGAAUCCCUUCGCGUGGUUUUCUAUUUUCCAAGCUGAAACCCCCCGAGCCGGCGAACCCAAGGAAAACACGGAAGGGAAGAUAACGAGACACCGACGAGAACAUGCCCGUGCACGAAGACGAUAUCGCGAGCGUCUUCUCGAACAAUGCCGAACCCUUUCGGAGACCUGUCGCGAUCCCACGGAUUUUCGCAGCCGCAAGAUAGAGAGCUAACGAGGAGGGUCUCGUUUCGCACGAAGUAGUGACGUGGUGACCAGUGAAGUGUAACAUUUUUUCUCGUUCGUGAUCGCAACGCGUGCUAAAAGUUGUUCCACGGUUUUUCCAACACGGAAGAUAUCGACUGUUACCCAACUCGACCGAAGAGGACCGACGUGCAUCGGUCGGAGGUAGUACCUUUGACAGAGACGCGACGCAUUAACGAUACGUCUAAUUCCAUUCAACAAACGUACGUACUUACGUAGCCGAUACACACGCGGACGACAAUUCGGUGUCGUGCGACAGGUCCGUUUAUCCUCCAAACGUUUACUUUCUGUUUCUCGUUCCCCUUCGGUUCGGACAAUCGCGAUCAUCGACCGUACAACCCCGCAGAGAUAGCCUAUCGUGUACCGGCGAUUGCAGAGAAGAACGCCUCGCGAACACGGCGAUAUCGUUCGGUGGAUGUUCCACGGUGUCGAAAGUCUCCGACGAGACGCUUCUUCGUUCGAAAAUUAAUUCCUGCCGCGAUAGGAAUCGAGGGUGAUAGAAGCCCAGAUAGAAGUCUCGCCGUCCCAGCCGUAAUAAAGCGACCGUAAUCGUAUCAGAUUGAAUAACACGCCGCCCCAAGGCCGCCGAAAACCGUUGCCUCCGGUGUCCCGUGUCUGGGAAUAACGAGAAUCGCAUCAACGGGAGCAACGAGCCAACGCGACGGGUUCGAAGGCUCCGGAAGGUUGAGAGAUUCGCAGAUAGAACGGCGCUGGCCCCGGCGAGACGUGCCAAAAUCGUUUCUCGGUUGCCCGCGGACAGUUUCAUUGAGAAUCUCGACGAGUAAACGGCCAGUGACCUCGGUUAAACUCGCGCCGUUCGAAAGGCAUGCCUUCUCGAAACCGUGGCACCGCGGGGCCCUGGGAUCUACGAAAAUCGUCGUUCGGCUAAUGAAUCGGUUAGGACGACGCCGAAACUCUCCUGGAGACGUCAGAUCGCAAACAACUAACUUGGAAAUCGAGUCUGGGUUUCGGUUCGGUUUGGAGAACCUAGGAAAAGUACCGACAGUAUUCCGUUACUGUCUUGAGGACUUACAUCGCGAGCAAACAACUUGAAGAGAAAAUCGAGUCCGCCUUUGGUUCAGUUUCGAGAACCUAGGAAAAGCGUCGACAGUGUAGCUGCUUUGUUACUCUCCUGAUAACGUUAUAUCGCGAGCAACCAACCUGAAGAGCUAAACCUGAAGAGCUAAUCGAGUCCGCCUUUGGUUCAAUUUCGAGAUCCUAGGAAAAGCGUCGACAGUGUCCUGUAGCUACUCUGUUACCGUGUUACGCUUUGGCACGAACGUGGUAAAAGGUAACAAAUAGGAACGUGGACGUGCAUCGUUUCCGUGGACUGCAUGUGCCACCGUAAAUAAGCGAGUAACCAGGUGAAUACCAAGGUGACACGCGAUUCGUGGAUCGUUUCCUCAUGAAGAAACGCCCCCGCGGACUCUGUCGCCACGCCGUUCGCGCGGAUCUAUGGUCUCGAUCGCUUCCCCGUUGCGCGACGAUCCUCGAGCUCCUGCUGUCGCGGGAUUAAUGGAGAGCUCGUGAAUCUACGCGUCGUUUCCCGUUGGAACAGGGUCGACGGUUCGUGACAGUAUGUGUGACGAAUUCUUCUUCGUUAGAGGGAUUCCGGAAUCGUCGGGGAACGUACGAAGGAGAUUUCUGUUUCCGUAUCAGAAGUCUCUGUAAGAGGACUGGAAGUGUGCGACGUAGUAGUGCGACGAAUCUUCGAAAGUACUCUUUGUCGUAAUAUUAUCGGAGUACUCGUGCGUAGAGGAACGUUCGGGAUAAGCAGUGCGCACCGAAUUGUUCCUCGUCAGAGGGAUCGAGCGAGGAGCUGACGAUUUCCUCGAUAUCGGGAGUUAUGAGACGUUGACCAUCGGUAGUGCGACGAAACGUUCGGGUUUUUCCAGGAUUAAUGGAGGACUCGUGAGUCAACGUAACAUUUCGCCCUGCAGGGAGAAUCUUUGCUACUUGGAACGGUGUGUAUCGAGAUUCUUAGAGGGAUCAGGGAUCCGCUAACGCGAAGAGUUAGGUAUAGGUAUCAGUGGUUAUGAGAAGCUGGUCGAACGAAAGUCGAGAAGUGAAUCGAUCCCAGUAGUGCGGCGUGUUCGCGAAUGGUGACCGUUGUUAUCGUGGUGCACCAUCGCCGACAUCAUCUUCUCUUCGUACAAUGGACGUUUUCAAAAUCGACCAGUCCCUGAGCGCGGGUCUGGGUAGCGCCCCAGCGCCAGACACCCUUACGCCGGAAGUGUCCUUCGACGCAGGUAGCGAGUUCAAUCUGAGCUUCUUCGACGGACCAGAGGAGAACAGCACCCAAGGCUUCAGCGAUCCCGGUUCGGUGGGUAGCGCCAGCGCAUCGCCGCCCCCAGGAACACCUGGCAGCGUCAACGUUAACCCCUCCAACGCCGCCUUACCGAUAGUCCAAGUGCCCUCUGGUAUCGUCAUUAAGCAAGAACAACACUACGCGGCCGCCGAUUCGAACAGUUCGACGCCCGCGAAGAGUUUCGUGGCCUGUAGAGUUUGCGGUGACAAAGCGAGCGGUUAUCAUUACGGCGUAACCAGCUGCGAGGGUUGCAAAGGUUUCUUCAGGAGGAGCAUUCAGAAGCAGAUAGAGUACAGGUGCUUGAGGGACGGCAAGUGUCUCGUCAUCAGAUUAAAUCGGAACCGCUGUCAGUACUGCAGAUUUAAGAAGUGCCUAGCUGUCGGCAUGUCCAGGGAUUCUGUGAGGUACGGCAGGGUGCCAAAGCGUUCAAGGGAACGCGGCCCCGACGACGCAGUGCCCACCACGACAACAACGACGACAACGACCACUGGUGUGCAGCAGCUGACGUCUCCCAGCGCUGGGAACAAUAACAACAAUAACAACAACAACAAUAACAACAACACCAGCCAAAAUAAUAAUAACAAUAGCCAGGGUCAGAACACCAUAGCCUGCGUGCCACUAGCAGCAGUUGUGGAAGCGGAUCAGUCGGACGCUGACGUGAAACAGUUGGCUGUUUACGACGUAAUACUCCAAGUCUCUCAAGCGCAUCAUGCUCACUGCGGCUUCACAGAGGAAUCAACGAGGGGCAUCGUUCGGAAACCGAUGAUAAUACCGGCGAGUGCUUCUUCGCAGCCUGCCAGUCCAGAGGAUCCAGAGGCGGCGUCCUCGACAGCGGAAACAGUCGAGUCGCAGAGGAUCUGGCUCUGGCAACAGUUCGCCACCAGAGUGACGCCAUCGGUGCAAAGGGUGGUAGAGUUUGCCAAAAGGGUGCCAGGAUUCUGCGAUCUCUCGCAGGACGAUCAGCUGAUACUGAUCAAGGUUGGUUUCUUCGAGGUCUGGCUCAGCCAUAUCUCUAAGAUGACCACUGACAGUUCGAUGACUUUCGAGGAUGGUACUUAUAUCACUAGGCAGCAAAUGGAAUUGAUGUACGAGCCAGACUUCGUGUCAGCUUUGAUGCAAUUCACAUCGGCCCUAAACGCUCACCAACUAUCGGACACCGAGCUGGGCCUUUUCUCUGGCGCUGUUCUUCUGGGCGAAAGGCCAGGCCUGAACGACGUGAAAGCGGUGCAAAGGCUUCAGGAUCGUCUUCUGGAGGCGCUCAAAGUGCAAGCGUUACGGAACCACACUGUCCCUGGUGAAACAACAUCAACGGGUGGCUGUUCCAGCAUCUCCAGCGUUUCUCAGAGGAUACCGGAACUAAGGGCCCUGGGUGCCAGACACGCGAAUCUCCUCGACUGGUUCAGGAGGAACUGGACGAAGCUCAAACUACCGCCCCUCUUUGCCGAGAUAUUCGACAUUCCCAAGUGCGAGGAAGAUCUUCAGUGAAGAGAAUGUUUCAGAGUACAUCGAGUUAAUUCGACGAAAACGAACGGCCCUGCCAGGGGAGAUUCUUCUAAUUGCCAGCGCUCAUCGCACAAAACAUGGUUCAGGGCUUCGAGGACGAUUUGUUCUUCGAUGGCCGAGCGAUGGUGUACAACGUAGACACGAUGGGUCGACGCUCGUCGUUUCGAUUGGAAAAAGAACGCGGGAGGAUCCGCUGCUGAUUUGUCGCGUCUCGGUGGGAUCGAUCCCGCCAGGAUCCCAUCGUGUGGAAGAUGGAUCGUUUCGUGGCGAAGGGUACAGAUCGUCGAUUGAAACGCUCUCGGGUCGAGACUAAAGGGAGAAAGCGUUAUUCGAUUAAUCGACGAGGGAUGAACCGAAUCACGCGAUAAGUCGAAGCUUCUUUCGAUUAUUGAGAAAUUUCUAAGGUUCGAAGAAAAAAGACGAAGAAAUUCUCUUUGUUGAAUAAUUUUUUUUUUAAAUUGAAGAUAUUCCGAAUUUUUGAAUUGUCCUAGAGGAUAAGUAAAACGUGAAAGUGAAACGAUGAGGGAUGAACUCGAUGAAUCGAAGCUUCGGUCGAUUCAAGCUGAUUCUUCAAAAAUUCCCUAGCUUUGAAAAAGAAGAGGAAAACUGUUGUCUUUAGAAUAAUUAUUAAAAUACCAUAAGGGAUGGAAGGUCUCAGAGGGUAAAUAGAAAGCAAAUGGAAACUCAAUUAACGAGAGAUGGACGAACUCGAUGAAUCGAGGUUUCGAUCGAUUCGGGCUGAUUCUUCAAAAAUUCCCUAGCAGCAAAGAGAAUAUUUUUGUUUAGAGUAAUUAUGGGAAAACGCAAGCGAUAAAUCGAAGGUCUAAAUUAGGAUCAAAGGAUAAAUGGAACGCGAUAGGAGUUUCACUUAACGACAAGGGGUGAACUGAAUUAUGGGGUUAAUCAGGACUUUUCAUAAAAUUCCUAAAUUUUCGAAAAAAAAGGAAAUCUCUGCAAUAAUUAUAGAAAGAAAAUAGAAUGCUUUGAAGUUCUAAUCUGCUGCAACAGAUCAAUAGAAAAUGACGGGAGUUUCAGUCGAUGAUGAGGGAUGAAAAGAAUCACGCAAUAAAUCAAAUCUUCUUCCAACUGAUUCCAAUGAAAUUCCUGAGCUUUGAACAAAAGAAACAAAUUUUGUUCGUGGAAUUAUUUAAGAAAAGAAGAAACCAGCAAACGAUGUUUCGAAUUUUUAAUUUGUCCCAAGAGGGUGAAUUACGAAAAGAAAUUUCAACUGAACGAAAGAGCAAAGAAACAGAAGUACUGUCCCUUAAAUAGUCACUUAAAAAAAUAAAAAUAGCAAAGGAUAUUUCAAAGUUACAUGAACAGGAAAGGAAUUUCAAUUGACGACAAGGGACGAAAAGAAUCAUGCAAUAAAUUGAAGCCUCUUCCAACUGAUUCUUAACAAAUUCCUGAGCCUUGAAGAAAGAAACGGAAAGAAUUUUCGUCUCUAGAAUAAUGAUAAAAAAUCAGAGCAGAUGAUAAUUCGGGGUUCUGAGUUGUUCCAACGGGAUAAACGGAACGUUGACUUUCGAUUCGACGAGAUUUGUACCGUUUGCUACGCAGCGUCGCGCGCUGCACCAGCGGAAGUAUUUAAAUACUCAAUCGACGAGGAGGAGGAUAUAAGUUUUUCGCGUUGUUAGUAUCGCGCAUAUCGUUGUUGCAAUAAUGCGGCGCAGUGAUCGAACACGCGCCGCGCGAAAAGGAUAGCACAAAAACCGUUCCCGAGUGAUAAUUCACGAGGGAACUUUUAUUAGAAACCGCGAACAGGCGUGUAUUGUACGGAGAAAGAAAGAUCAGUGGAAGGAAUGGCGUGUCGUAACGAGUUAGACACUUUAGUCAGGCUGCGGUGGGCUUUUGACAAGCACUCACUCGAUACUGUUCACGUUCUACUUACUCAUGCUGUGCACAACAUUCUACUCUAAUCGACUGAUCUUUUUUUCUCCUCGCGAUGGAGCAGAGAUGGGCAAAUUUCUUGUAUACACACAAAUUUCAAACAACGAAUGAUUGAUCGUCGAAGAAAUGUUCGAUUUAAACAUUCGAACAUUUUAAGAUCAUCUUUUACCAAGCUGAAUUUGAUUAAGUAUUAAAUUCGUAGCAAGGUAUCUUAAAAUAAUUAAUAUAAUGGUUAAAGUUUACUUCGGGGCACUAAAAAUUACUGACCUCCUUUUUUACCAUUUAGUAGCUUUAAUGCCUAGAAUUCGUUAAUCUAAGUUUUAAUGUUAGGAAUCCAACGGUUUAAAAGUUAUGCGUAAGUAAAGUUGAGCAUUUCGGCGUAUUUCGCAGGUUAAUGCUGCGCCAUAUUGGCUUUUACAAUCGCCCACCCAACAUGCGCCAGGAAAUUAGACUCCAAACCUACUCAGACACUAUUUUCGUAACGUGUUUUAACAUUUUGUUGUUAUUUACAAAUGUAUUGUUCAUCUACGAGCAUCUGUAUACAACAAGUUGUCGGAAGAAUGACAUUCCCUAUCUAAUUGACCGACAGAGCAUCGGUAAAUGUAUGACGUCGAAUUAACCAGUCAAAUUGUUUAACCGUUGGAUUCCUAACAUUAAAACUUCCAUUUUAGGGAUCGAAAGCUAAUGGUAUAAAAAAAGUAAAUAAUUUUUACUACCUCGAAGUAAAGUUCAGCCUAUAUAACGUAUAAUAUGGGACAAUUGAAACGAUUGUAUAAAUAUUAGAGUAACUUUGAAGAAAGAAGAGACACGAUAAAAGUCGUUCAAGGAUGACGAAGAACUUUUUCCUACUUUGGUAUACAAAAGACAUGAUAAUAGUAAUCUGACGAGAGGUCGUUAUUACAUAAAGUAUGUCUUUCUGUAUACACGUUUGAAUUGAUUGUAUUCAAGAAAUUCUAAAAAGUAUUUAAAUAUCUUUCAAACCACUACUUUGUUCAACACAAAUUACCUUAACGAUAAGUAUAAAAUUUAAUUAAUCGAUUUACAUUAAAAAUUGAAGUUACCUCGAAAAUAAUUGUUCGAUGAUAUAAAAAUGGCGAACGAAUCGCCGUAUGGUGUUUUUAUUCGUUUAUUUAUUCUUCAGGGAAAGUUUUGUCCAUCUCUGUUGUUGAGCGAAGGGACGAACGUUCCGCGUGGAGCGUUCAAUCGAUACAGUUUCUGGGCUGAAACUCGCAGACAUAUCGAAAGUGUGGAAUCGUAUUUUUUCCUUGCCCGUAGUAACUACCGGAACGAUCUUUCCAUCCCUCGCUUAGAAAGCUGUAAACACGACAGACAAACUGCAUGCCAGCGCGUGUCGCGUCGGCUGCAGCGCGUACGAACGAACACUUAUACAUAUUAUACAGAUCUAUACAAAUGGAAAGAAAAAUGAAAGAAGAAAGAGUUUCACGCUAUAAAGCUCAAGAAGAGGAAAUCUUUAUAGGAAGUAUCUCUCUAGGAUGCAUCCGCUACGAAUCUUAAUCUAUGCAAUCUCUAUUUUUAUUACUUGACAAGUAGUAUAGUGGAUUUACCUUUAUAGAUAUUGUUGCGUCGCUUCAGGAUGGUCAGCGGUGAAACGACGAAUUUAGAUGUUCAGGCCUCGCUGUUCUUUCGUUGAAUUUAUCGGUCGACGUCGACUUCUGAUGUUAAGAAAUAGGAAAAAAAGGAAUUAUACAGUGACGUGGUCCCGUGUUUGUUGAGUAGACAAUUUUGAUGUGAUUAUUAGUCUAUGCUAGGAGAGUGAAAAUGUCUUCGACGUCAAUGGUUGGGCCCUUUUUGUGCACUUAGGGGUUCUGAGUUAGGCAAGUUGUGACAUUAUUGAUUAAUAAUUUAAUUAUAUUAUGUUAUAAUGUAAAGUAAAACCACUAUGAUUGGGGUCCACUUUCUACACUUGGAAGUUUUAAAUUGAGUAAGUUAAUGAUACUAUAAAUUUACGGUUCAUAAUCUCGCUUAUUUUAAAAUUACAAUUACCUAUGUUAUUAAAUAUUUUUCGGUAAGCUCUAAAUAUACAUAUAAAGAAGAUCCAAACAUGGGAGUCGAGAACGUUUCGUAUCUUCUUUUAGAGACUAACAUAUUUAAAUUAAUCAUACAGUAGUUCUUCGCUUCGGGAUGAAAAAUGGGGUGCGUCAGCUAUUUCGAAUCGAAAAGGGGAUCGAUAACUUCAAAGUGACGCCACACAUUGUGUUAACCAAUGUGUUAACUAACUUCACAUAGAAUUUUAUAUAUUUUUCGUUACAUCUUCGCGAACACACUAUCAACAGGCAGUCGAAGUUUUCUUAAUGAAAAUGAGUUCGAACACGAUCUUAUUCGAAGGUGCCCGUUUUUGUGAUAUUAAGAAGUGUUUCGUUAUACACGCAAUUAAAAGUAAUUUAAAUGCGGUCAUGUUUCGACUCAUUUUCAUUAAGGAACUCUCAUCGAUCCGUUUCAAUAUUAACCAUACACUUUCCGUUUUUAAAAACCAGAUAGCAACGAAAGACUGCAAGUGUCCUGUAAAUAUGUUGUAACAAAAUUAAAAGUAAUUUAAAUGCGGUCAUGUUUCGACACAUUUUCAUUAAGAAACUCUCGCCAAUCCGUUUCAAUAUUAACCAUAUACGAUUCCAUUUUUAAAAACCAGACAGCAACGAAAGAAUGCAAGUGUCCUGUAAAUAUGUUGUAAGCCAGUGGCUAAAAAAUGGAGACUAGAAAUCGCUGCAUUAGAGGAUUAAAUAUCUACGCGAAGCGAAAUGCGACGAAAAGCGCUAAGAAAAAUGUAAAGGGCUCGCGCCUUGUUACCGCGGGAAGAAUUUCGUCACGAAGCGAGGGACUGCUGUAUUUCUCGACGCGCGAAAACGAAAAGUUUGAAUCGAGUCCAGCCGUUGUGUAUUUUAUAAUAAGUAAUUGUUGCGUUAAGUUGUUGCAUUUGUUGUUAUUGAUUCGAUCGAUCGACGAUCAUUGGCGAGCGAUCACGGUCGACGGAACGUUUCCCCGCGUUGUUGAAAUGAUCCUGAAGCGAGCAUGUUUGAAAUCUUCGAACUCUUGAACACUAAUAACUCUCUGACAAUGACUAGCAUGUAAUGCGUAUCGAUAUGUAAUAUAUAUACAUAUACAUAUACAUUCAUCGUGUGAGAAACGUGGGGGGGGGGGGAUGAGAACUAAGUUUAUCA